AUGGAAGAGCUUACGGCAUUCGUGUCGAAAUCUUUCGAUCAGAAAACCAAGGAGAGCAGCAAAGAGAGUAUCACGUACAGGGAAGUUUUGGAGAGCGGCUUGACGAGGGCGAGGGAGCUGGGCAGCCCGGAGACAAACCUGCAGGACAUAACGGAGAGCAACCACUGCCCGGUGCAUCUGUUCAAGGACCACGUCGAGCUGGAAAAGGAGAAACUGAAGGACUUUAAUGUUUCGAGGGCGACAGAGGGGAUAUACGAGUGUAAAGAGAAAAAGGAGGACGUGAAGUCGGAGGACGAGGAUGCACAGGGCAAACUGAAGCAGCGGAGGAGUCGCACUAACUUCACCUUGGAGCAGCUGAACGAGCUGGAGCGGCUCUUCGACGAGACGCACUACCCGGACGCCUUCAUGCGAGAGGAGCUGAGUCAGCGGCUGGGACUGUCCGAGGCCCGAGUGCAGGUUUGGUUUCAGAACAGAAGAGCAAAAUGUCGAAAACAAGAAAACCAGAUGCAUAAAGGUGUUAUUCUGGGCAGUGGCAGUCACCUCGACGCCUGCAGAGUAGCACCCUACGUCAACAUGGGUGCCCUUCGGAUGCCCUUCCAACAGACACACACAGCAAGAAUCGCCGACCUGCGACUCAAGGCAGGACUUCUGCGGGGCCAGUGGCUCAGUCCACUCCAGGCACAGAUCACAUCCCAAGGACCGUACAAACACAUGUGGAUGUCUGUCUGAGGGGCCGGGCCGGGCCCCGUCAGACCAGAGGACGUUAGAACAAAGCAAACUGGCAGGCAGCAGCAGGGCCAAAAGCAGAGCCCCGCUGGCGCUGGCUGCCGCCAUGUUGACAGUGCAGAGGGUUGAGCAUGGGGGAAAACAGACUCACACACCACCUCACCGAAGCAUUGGAACGGCUCUCACC